CUCCCACUCCCAUCCAAACCCAAAUCCCCUUCUUCCAUCCCCACCCCUGCGAGCUGCCUCAGCUUGCUCAUCGCCUAUUUUUAGAAGACGGGUCAUUAAAUACUUCUUCCAGUAAAUCAAUACCCGGGAUUGAUUGGUUAUAGAGAGAAAUGAUAGGAAUUACCGUUGAGCGUAUGUCUUUCUAUUCCAACCUUCAUUGAUUUUUCCACCUUUGGAUGCAUUUUCUUCUUAACACGCACAAACAAACCCCUUUGUACGCAUUUCUCCAGUUUCAGCUCAAGAUCCAGAUAACUUGGUGUAAAAAGUGGUUAAUUCCGAUCUGGGUUCUCAAAGAAGUCCAAAGUUUAUUGGAAACAAACAGAGCUUUAGCUUAUCAAAUUUGGUUUUAUUUACUGUAUUCGUUGCAAUCCGAGUUUUCUUCUUGUUGGGUUUUUGGAGGAAAACGCAAUAGAUUGGGUUUCUUGUUUUGGGUCUUUGUCUUUUGGUGGAUUGGUUUGAGGGAGACUCGUUCAGACUUUGGGGGAAUUUUUGCUGUGUUUGGUUUAAGCUAUGGGGAUUUUUGUGGGAAGGUUUGUGUUGCAGAAAACAGGUUGAGAGUGACUCCACCAAAUCGUUGAAGGGCGUCUAUGAAUGUGCAAUUGGAAAUUUUGGGGUUCCUCAGUAUGGCAGAACCAUGGAAGAAGGAGAUUUAAGUUUGGAUGGGAGAUGGGAUUUAAACGUUCAACUUUCAUCUGAGAUGCCGUUAACCAGUUCUUAAGUGACGUGGCAAAUUUUUUUACCUUUGAUCCUUUUUAAGUCAAUCACAGCCGUAAACCGAUGGAGAGGAUCCGAUUCAAGCGAGGGCACCAGGAGCGCCAAUAGGCCGUUCAAAAUUUCACGCUCUCCGUCUCUGACACUCUCAUCAGUGAGUGGGGUGGGUGUCACCGAGAAUCAACCACAACAUGCUUCCGAAAACCCUUAUGGCCAUGGAGCAUCAUCGAGCCCUAAUCUGAACCCCCCUUCCCGCCAUUUGUAUCUCAAAUAUUAUUUUCCUGUAUCCCAAUAGAAAUGCCGUUGAGAUCCUGCCAUGGACGGGGAGGCUAACCUUCCGGUCCGACCUGCGCUGGCGAGGAAUCUGAUCCGCCCAAAAAACGUGAAGCCACUGGAUACGACGUCGUCCUCAUCGUCUUCUUCGCCGGACUUCCUCCGCAAUGUCCAGGCCGCCAUCAAGCGCCACCGCCCUUUUGGCCCAGCGCAGUCCAAUUUUUUAAAGCCUAGGCGGAUGUUGGUUCCCCAACGGGAAGCGUCAAGAAGUUUGGAUUCUAAUGUGGGUCCUAUGUUAGAUGCCAAGAAGUCUCAAGAUGUAGUUUCAUUGAGACAGGGUCACAUGGCGAAUGAUUCAAUUGUAGCGACUAAGAAUGCAGCCACUGCUCUUGGGGAAACUCAAGAUGAUGCAUCAAUUACUCCACCUUCCAUUUCAGGCACUAUUACCAAAACCUUUGACGAGAGCUUUGAUCCAUUUGAUGUGCAGAGAGAUCAACCUAAAUUCGUUACUGGUUGUAAAGAUGACAAAGCAAUGCCUUUGUUGUGUGGAGAAUCUCAAAACACCAAUGGUCAUAAAAAGGUCCAGCUUUCCAUUGGAAGCAAUGCUGUUUCCCAGGGGGCCGAUGAUGGCAUGGCCACUGGAUUGGAGAAAUUAUCAUCUCAUAUGGGUUCACUUGCAUUGACAGAAAUGGAAUGGAUUGCGAGCAAUCAAGUUGAGGCAUCAACCGUUGUUAACCAGGACUCGAAGUACCGGAGCUUUCCUAACACAGACUCCGAAAGGUCUGGUGCUGGGAUUACUUCUUUGUUGGCAAAGAGAACCACAGCUGUCCAGGAUCAGCUGCACCAGUUUAGAAACUUCUUAAGCCAGCCUGCUACUCAGUCUUCAGUUGUUGGGCCAUCAUGUGCUACCACAACGUCUGUCCACUCAACUUCAGCACCCAUGCUGAAUUUAACAACCUGUAGCUCUCAUUUGCAUCAAGAUAGCAGUUCUCACGUGGCAGUAGAGCCUUUGGUAGAUAUUAAUAUUAAUUCUCAAUGUAAAGGUCAGGGGAAUAUGGCACAGCUUUCAAAUCCUUCACCAAAGGACGUUGGUGAAGUGUUAAUUGAACAGAAAGCUAUUGCGGGCAAAGCUUCUAACUCUGCUAUUGACACCCAUGUGGAAGUGAAGCAAUAUGACCUUUCUAAGGAGCAACUAGGCAGAGUGCCAAAGGAAAGUGACAUUUCCGAAAAUCCAUCUCUUCAUGACAAUAAGUCAACUAAGGGGAAAGGAUAUGCUGGUGAUGUUACCAAUGUGCAAUCUCAGGGUCCCUUGUACAAAAACUCAUCUUCAGAUGUGAAGUUGGAACCUUCUAAAUCAGAAAAACAAGAGAGGGUUACAAGUGGGAAAGGUGCAUCAGCUCCUCGUAAAAGGAAUUAUGACCCUGACUUGUUCUUUAAAGUUAAAGGCAAGCUCUAUCAGAGGCUUGGAAAGAUAGGUAGCGGGGGAAGCAGUGAGGUCCACAAAGUUAUUUCAUCAGACUGUGCAAUCUAUGCAUUAAAAAAAAUCAAGCUCAAAGGUCGUGAUUAUGCCACUGCAUAUGGGUUCUGUCAAGAAAUUGAGUAUUUAAAAAAGUUGAAAGGGAAGAACAACAUUAUACAGCUUAUUGACUUUGAGGUGACAGAUGAGGCUUUGCUCCAGGAAGUCAUGAAUGGCUCCAUGAGUAAUAAAGAUGGUAGAGUCAAGGAUGAUGGAUAUAUAUACAUGGUACUCGAAUAUGGAGAAAUUGAUUUGGCACACAUGCUAUCCCAGAAGUGGAAGGAAAUGGAUGGCUCCAAUCAGACCAUAGAUGAGAACUGGCUCCGCUUCUACUGGCAGCAAAUUCUUCAUGCUGUCAGCACUAUACAUGAGGAACGGAUAGUGCACUCAGAUUUGAAGCCAGCUAAUUUCCUUCUUGUCAAGGGUUCCCUAAAGCUAAUUGAUUUUGGCAUUGCCAAAGCUAUAAUGAGUGAUACCACUAACAUCCAAAGGGAUUCACAGGUGGGUACACUGAGCUACAUGUCUCCAGAGGCAUUUAUGUGCAAUGAAAAUGAUGCCAAUGGAAACAUCAUAAAGUGUGGCCGGCCAUCAGACAUCUGGUCCCUUGGCUGCAUUCUUUACCAAAUGGUAUAUGGAAGGACUCCCUUUGCAGAGUACAAGACAUUUUGGGCCAAGUUCAAAGUUAUAACAGAUCCAAACCAUGAGAUUACGUAUGAACCAGUUCCUAACCCCUGGCUUCUUGAUCUUAUGAAGAAGUGUCUCGCAUGGGACCGUAACGAAAGGUGGAGGAUCCCUCAGCUGCUUCAACACCCUUUUCUUGUUCCCCCAGUUCCGCCUCAGCUAUCUUCCUCUCAAGACCAAAGCUGUAAACUGCUCCAACUUAUUGCUGAAACUUGCGCGGGUGACCAGGAAGCUUCAAUUCUAUGCUGUCAGCUUGGACAACUGCUUAAAGACCCAGUUCAGAGAAUAGCAUCUCCAUUAUUAAGGUCACGAGACGAACAAUGCAAGCUGCUUUCCCAAAUGUCAAAACUUUGCUUUCAGCUCCAGGAACGUUUGGCAAACUCAGAGAAUUAAGUGAAGAUCUGGGAAUGUAUUUCAGUAUGUAUUUUGUGUUUCGACCUUGGCCAGUUCUUUGUGCCCUGAAAAAAAUCAUGCUCGGCUAUAUAUGCUUCGUCAUCCUUCUGUAA